AUGUCAGGUGAAAAACUUGUGCACGAACCUAAUGGUAGCACUAGAGUGCCGGGUGGUGGCGGCGUGAUUGUGGGGGGUGGCGGUAGUUCGGCCACCCCCCAAGGUGCACAACAGGGCAGCAACCUGGUGUACCGCGUGGUGAGCUCGAGGCAUCCGGGCGGCCAUCAUCCGCACGUGAAAAAGUCUGACAGCUCGCAGCAGACCGAGAACUCGGCGUUCAAACACCAGCAACACCAGCAGCAGCAGCAACAGCAACAGGGCUCUAACAGCCCCGCGAACAGCAGUUCAAACAGCCAGCAAUGGAAAAAAUACAUCGAGGCCGGAGCUGCGAGGGACCGGGAGAGAGACAAGGAGGGCGCGCCCCCGAGUCCUAGUCCCUCCAGGCGAUCCCAGGAUAAACACCGGAAACAGGCCAUGGCCGAAUAUGCGAACGGCGAGAAACCUCAGAAAGUAUCGUCGGGAACGUCGACCAGCGGAAGCAACAAAGUUCGUGGAGUACCGCAGAGUUUUGGAUACGUUAAGAGACACAGCGCUGGCACCAGUCCCAGUCCUAACGGAGUCCAAAAUGGCGGCAAGGAUACUACGAGAACGGCUCAAGUUAGCGCCGUUCCGAGAACAAAGGUUAAAGUGUCUGGUGGCACGCAGACGUGCACCACGGAACUCCAGGCGAACUCUUCCACGUCGAGUCAAGGGCAUCAUUAUAAGAGUUACAGUCUCACGGGUCCGAGCGCCAGUCAACUUUCCCAAUCGGUACGGGACCGUCUUAUGCUCGGUUCACAGAGCCUGCCGAAGCCAGGCAGCCCGGAAUUCACGGCGUUGUUCGCGUCCGCCCAUCAUCGGGAAAGAGGAUCCGGCGCUGGUCCAACCGGCGGUUCAUUUUCGCCGCGAGUUCUGAAACCGUCUGACGGAAGUCUCAGCGACACCUGUAGCAAUUAUGCAGCCCCUGAUCUUCAGGGAUAUUAUACACCCAACAGUCCGUACACUACAUCCUGGAUGAGGCACAGCAACACUUAUACACCGAGUGGACGUUCUCAAGGAAUGGGCCUGUGCGAGGCGGACAGCGUGGAGUCAUUGGGAUCUCAUCGUGCCAGCUUAACCCACGCUCGUCUAUUGAUGCAUCAAAGGGACUCUACAGGCUCCCCGGCUCCGCCGCGAUUGAACAGAAGCAAUUCCAUCAGAUCCACGAAAAGCGAAAAAAUGUAUCCAUCAAUGUUAGCUAGAGGAAGUGGAGCAUCGUCCUCUGUCGGCGAAGAAGUUGGAAUUGGAAUUGGCAUGGGCGUGGGUGUUGAACCUUAUUACAGUGUCCCUGUGGGAUCUACCGGGUGUACAGGGCAGCACUGGUCUCAGCCAACGUCACCGACGCCAACGCACACGUCCCGUCAACCUCCCAAUUUGUAUCAACACGUGCACAAGGAUGAUGACAUCCAUGGUUCCUCUGUAUCUUUGGUAUCGACAGCAAGCAGUCUCUACAGUUCAGCCGAGGAGAAGCAGGCACACGAGCUGAGGAAACUGCGUCGUGAGCUAAUGGACGCCCAAGAAAAGGUCCACUCGUUGACCAGCCAGCUAUCGACAAACGUGAGUAGACAUGUAGCCAUAGAUUAUCCGGUGCCGAUAAAACCCGUGGUCAGACGCGUAACGUGUAUUAACAACCUGCUACCGUUCGCCUCCGAGUCGUGUUGCCUAUUUCGUAAUUUAUAUACCGACCUAUUAAGCUGA